AACAGAGAAGAAGCGCGCAAAAAAAGUAGCAGAAAAUGACCACUUGAAUGACUUUGAACUUUGAGCACAGCAUAAUCUUGUAACUUUUAUGCUUUUAUGACGAUUAAUAACGUCGAGCUGGAAUAUGGAUCGUGUUAGCACGCUAGUCGCUGUAGCGUCAGGUGUAUCUGUGGUUUACCUCUUUCACUCAGUGUUUUACUCGUCUCACGUUAUAUUUAAAACCCAAACUGUAUUUGAAUCCCAAACACACCUGCCAGCCUCUCUUUACCUCAUGACCAGAUACUUUUAUCAGUCUCUCCGAAAAAAACGUGGACAAAUGAGAGAAGACAAAGAAACAAACGACGAACUUGUUUUAACUUUGAUUAACUGCAGGUAUGAUGGAACGUCUUUAAGGAGAUUCUGCAGUGUUUCUGGUUAUGGUUGGGAUUAUCCUGACAGUGUCUUCAGAGAUCUUCCCUUGUGCUUCCCUGAGUUUCUCUUCAAAAGGCUGAUCACCAUGAUUGUGUGCUCGGACAGAUUCAAGCUGUGCCCUUCUGGUCUGCUGGUUGUCUGUGAGACCGUGAGUCUGUCUGAGGCUGUGGAUGAGCUGAAGAAAGGGCCUUUUUCCCUCCAGGCCUCAGUGUAUGAGUACAGGACUGUGAGUUCAGGAGUGGAGGUCGAUCUGACUUUAAGAGCAUCCAGGCAUCAGCGGCCCGUAUGGAGCAGCACAGUGACUCUGCUGUCUCCUAGAAGCACACACACACCUGAAGCUCAGCCUGACUUAAACAUCACACAUGAUCCUGCUUCAGAGAGGUGUAUCAGUCUGGCUGUUCCGUGGUCCAGCGCUGUGAGAUGUGCUUGGGUGUUUGGUGAUGUGUUUGGUUGGUGGAGGCUUACCCGUCCCGCUGCUCACCCGCUGUGGAUGCUCGCCAAGUGCAUAGCAGAGAUGGAGAAGCACAAAGGAGUUGAAGUGGUGAGAGCUCCUCUAACUGUGUCCGUCUGGUACAAACAGCCUGUGUGUUUACCAAGGAAAGUCAACAUCAGAGUCAGUGAAAACACUUCUGAAACCACAGCAUUGUUUUCAAUGGAGGAGCAGAGAACCGGGACCCUGUUUGUCUCAGGACAGAUAAAACGACUGACCACUGAAAAGGCAGAAUGAGGGUGAUUUUACAGACUUUACAGAAAAAAUGCUUAAUUAAAGGAGCACUCCCACUUUUUUUUGGAAAUCAGCUCAUUUUAUAAGUCACCUAGAGUUAAACAUUUGAGUUUUACUAUU